UUGAGUUGUAAAACAGUGUGCAACUAUUUAGAAGCAGACUUUAUAUCUCACUCAAUCAUCUACCUCAUGAUCAGAGUGUCCUUUUCCUGAAAGACUGCCAACCCAUAAAUUAUUCCAAUUUCUUCAUAUAUAUCUCUAAUUGCUUCUUCACAUCUCUAUUAUAUUUUCACCCUCUAAGAAGAGAAAAUAAACCAUAAUCUCUCUCUCUAUCUCUAUCUCUUUAAAGUUCCACUUCCAAUGACUGAAGAAGAAGAAGAGUCUCUGAAAAGAAAAGUGAAACAAGUUGUUGAAGGAGACAUAAAUGAGGCUGAAAUUUUGAGAAAUGGAGGAGUCAAUAAAGGCGCUUGGACUGCAGAAGAAGAUCAAAAAUUGGCUCAAGUUAUUGCCAUUCAUGGUGCAAAAAGGUGGAAGUCCAUUGCAGCUAAAGCAGGCCUCAAUCGUUGUGGGAAGAGUUGCAGACUAAGAUGGCUCAAUUAUCUCAGACCUAACAUUAAGAGAGGAAAUAUAUCAGAUCAAGAAGAAGAUUUGAUCCUCAGGCUUCAUAAACUUCUUGGCAACAGGUGGUCUUUGAUUGCUGGGAGACUGCCAGGGCGAACAGAUAACGAGAUCAAGAACUACUGGAAUUCUCAUUUGAGCAAAAAAAUGAACCAACAGAGUGAAAAAGAAAGAAGGAAAGGGUGUAAAAGAAAAGUGAACACAGAGUCUAGAGAAGAGGAAACGUCUCAAGAACGUGAAAACAGCUCAAACUUGGAGUAUGAUGUCGAUAACUUGUUUGAUUUUUCCAAUGAGGGACCUGAUUUGGAGUGGAUGAGUAAUUUCCUGUAAUUGGGUAUCAUAAGCAGCAACUAUAAAGCUUAGGUUGUUAGUGCACUCUCAUGCAAAUCAUUACUAAUUUAUCUAAAAAUUUAAUCGUUUCACUCAUA